CUAAUGACGUCUUAAAUGCACUGUACUCUGUCGAUCAGCUGACUCAUGUACUAUGUUUAGGAGAUGCUAGCGAAAAUAGUUAGCUGUUGGUUUAUCCGACCCUUAGGCGAAGUCAUCGUAGAUGUUUCCAAAACACUUGGAUACUUCCAAACUGCAUGUUUGACUCUGGAUGUAGUGUUGUUGCUGGAGUAAUGGAUCUUGAUUUUCAAUUUGCUCUGAAGUUACAGGAACAAUUUGACCGUGAAGCGUUUCAGAAUGAAGUAUUGCCUAUCUACGAUGAGGAGAACGAUCAGAUCACAGCGCCGUCUGUUAUAGGUACUUCUGAGGCAUCUAAGCUUUCCACCGUUCCUGCUGAACCAGUCUCAGUUGUAGAUGGAUCAUGGGAGUUGAUCGAUCCGAAUCCAGACGUGAGGGCACUGUUUUUGCAGUUCAAUGACUUGUACUUCUGGGGCAAACUGUCUGGGGUAGAGGUGAGAUGGAGUCCCAGAAUGACACUAUGCGCUGGAUUGUGCUGUUAUGAAGGAAGAGGAGGUCUGUGUUCUAUUCGUCUUAGUGAACCUCUUUUGAAGUUAAGACCAAGAAAAGAUCUUGUGCAGACACUUUUGCAUGAAAUGAUUCAUGCACUACUGUUUGUCACCAACAACAACAAAGACCAUGAUAGCCAUGGGCCAGAAUUCUGCAAACAUAUGCAUCGAAUCAAUAACAUGACUGGAGCCAAAAUUACAAUUUACCACAGUUUCCAUGAUGAAGUAGAUAAAUACCGUCAGCACUGGUGGCGUUGUAAUGGCCCAUGCCAAAGCAGACCACCCUAUUUUGGUUACGUGAAGCGAGCAAUGAACAGAGCACCAUCUAACAGAGAUCCAUGGUGGGAUGAUCAUCAGCGCUCCUGUGGUGGUGUGUAUGCGAAGAUUAAAGAGCCAGAAAACUACUCCAAGAAAGGAAAAAAGGAAAAAAAGGAAGGCAGUAGUGAAGUUAAACUUAAAUCUCCAAACGGGUCUGACAGCUUAGGUAAGAACUUUGGUGCUGAUAUAUGCACAUUUGCUUCCUUCAGUGAAAAAGGUGAAGCUGAAGCACACGCAAUUGUUCCUUUCAGUGGAAAAGGAUACAAACUUGGUGGCAACAGCAGUGGAUCUUCUUCAGAAAUUACAAGUUCAAGCAAGGUAUUAGCAGGAUCUUCAUUGAACAGCCAUGUGAAUAACAGCAAUGCUAGUCGAAGAAUUUCCAGUCAAGGCAACCAAAACAACUCGUCUUCAGUAGGGAACAAUUCCAACCAGAAAUCUACAUCUUCUCUUUCACACUGGCUGCUUGGUAGCAGUAAAACUGGCUCUUUGCAAAGCCAUCUUCCUAAAAAAUCUGUUGCAAAUCACAAAGCUUUUAAAAAUAUUAAUGGCUCUCCUGUCAAAAUAUUUACAGCAAGUGGGAGUAAAAAAGAGAUAUACAAAAGCCACACAAAGAAUUCCCCAAGUGGGUUGCUUUCAGAAAUCUCAAAGAAAAGGAGUUUCUCUGGUGAAAAAGAACCUACCCAGAGCACUUCUGUAUCCCAGCAGUCUUGUAGCAGUGCUGGCAUUAUGCAGCAGCCAAAACGACUUUGCACUGAAGAUGACCGUCCUUUUGCCGGCUUUCUAGCAAAGACCAAGUCUGACCAAAAGGAGAGCAGUAAAAGCAGUGGUUUACCAAGCAUUCACAGAGAAGAAACACAGCAGGCCAGUUCACAGAUCAGACCUAAUAACACUUCUAGCAGAGUAGUCAGUUGUCCAGUCUGCCAGGCUGCUGUUAAUGAAUUCGAAAUCAAUCAACACUUGGAUGCUUGCCUUACAUAACAUAUACUUUUUGCACUAGGUAUAUUUAGUUAUAUUUUGUUGAGCACUUAAAUUACAAGUCCACAGCAGAAGUUGUUUUAAUUAUCAUGUUAGACCUAGUCAUGUAGAGGUAGCUUGUGUGUGUUCCUUGUUAUGCACUGGUCUGGUAAGCUCAUCAUAAGCACACAUUGGAAUGUCACCAUUGACUGACAGCUCAGUUUCCCAUUAACCUGGCCAGAAGCUAGUGGAGAUUUGGCAAUGGGCCAGAUUGACCUUUGGUUUGGAAAAAGGAGGUUGACCCACAGACUUGAAUGUUGAGCUUUAUUGUCUGGAGGGAGAGAACGAAUUCUAAGGUAAAUGGAAUUUAUCAGUUUACAGAGCCAUGCUUGAGAUUCUAUAAUGUUUUUGUUCACUAAGGGAAAGAAAAAAAGAUCCUCUGUUUACUUGGUAGUCUUUUAGACAGAAGCAUCUGAAGGUUUUAAGGCUGAUGUGAGAAUAUGUUAAAAGUGAAACAUUUUUUGAAUGCUGAAAAUUGCUUGUAAACUAUGUUUGACAAAUGUAUUGUGGUAUGUAGCCCCUUUUACUGUUGUUUCAAGAUGCAUGCUCAGGUUCUGCUGUAGCCACACACACAGUACUUAGUGUCUUCAUUUCACAACAUUUUAGUUUAAAUUUCUUGGGGGGGGGCAAGGCCAUCACUUGCUGACCAGUGCUGAUUACUUGUUCUGCUCAAUAUGUCUGCUGAGUACUAAUUCAUAUACUUAGAUGUAAAAUCUCAGGAUAAGUUAUGUUUAGUGUAUGCUCUUAUAAAUGUUUAAUAGCUUUAGCUGAAAUGGUGCUUUAAGUACAGAUUUGUUUCUUUUUCAUACUGGGAGGGAAGUAUCUGUAUAAAAUAUGUAACAAAAAAGGAAAUAAAUGUUGCUCUUAAUUUUUCAUAAUUCAAUCUUGCUUUAAGAUUACCUUUUAAAAAUUGAGUUUGUAAUAAAAACUAAUGUAAAAUAUA